AUGUCGGGAAGCGAGAAAUCAAAAGCCAACUUGACUUCUCAUGUCAGUUUGUUCCCAGCACCACCUUGGCAACUGAUAAAUAAACUCUUCAGUACCGAGACCCCUCCACGCCCACCUACCCCUCCUGGUUCAACUGCUUACAGAAUGUUCGGGAAUUUUUACAAUUCUGAAGAUGCCAUCCUCCGAUCUCUGGAAUCACAAGGUGUUCGUCGAGUUUAUCCACAGACGUAUAAUCGUAAGCGGGAGUUAAGAAAAAUUAAUUUUUCAAUAUUGGCUAACUAUUUGGAUUUGUUGGACAUCAUCACUCGUGAUCCUAGUUCAUGUAAACGAGCAGAAAAGCUUGAUCAUUUGGCCAUUCUAUUCAUUAAUAUGCAUCAUCUUGUUAAUGAGUACCGACAACACCAAGCCAGAGAUUUACUUCGAGAAAUUCUUAAAUAUCAGGUUAACAUAGGAGCAGAAACUGUCGAAAAGGCUGAACAGUAUUUAACACGAGCAGACGAACAACUCAGGAUAGCAGCUAAUGAUCUUAUUGUCCCUGGUACACCAGUUUCAACUUCUAAUAGUUUUAAUCUCAUGGACAAUCUACGGAAUGGUCUGAAUGAUCUAGGCCCCGAGUUGGCUCCCUUAUUACAUACGGUACUUGAUGAGACACUAGUAUCUAAUCCUGUUGGUCGGUAUUUGCAACCUAAGCAAGGAUCUAUAUCCCUUCCAAAUCAAUCAUUGGAAUACUGUUCUGUCAAUGUGAACAAUCCUGAUGAUUAUCGAAUACCUGAUCACAUUGAUAUGGCUCUUUGGGAUUUUCUAUUUCAAACUAAAGAUGAUCCUGAAAUGGAUGUUAGUUAG